CUGACUGGCUGGCUCUCUCCUCCUCUCUCCCUCUCUCCCUCUCUCUGCUUUCGCCCAUCAGAUUUCAGGAACCAGCUCAUCCGCCAUCCUCCCAGCCACUCCUCGUCCUCUUUCCGCUGCAAACAUCCGCCCUCAGCAUUCCCUCUUGACAUCCCCCAUCCUUCAUCAUCAACAAGGAUCCACCAACAGCCCGCAGACAACAGCCAGUCCAAUACCCAACCAGCUAUGACACAGCAGCAGCAACAACAACAGCAGCAGCAGCAGUUUGCACAGGAUUUUUGGGAGGAGCAAAUCCUGGCUGCUGAGCACUAUGAUUCUGACUUCAAGAACCAUCCUCUGCCGCUGGCACGUAUCAAGAAGGUCAUGAAAUCCGAUCCUGACGUCAAGAUGAUCUCUGCAGAGGCACCUAUCCUCUUCUCCAAAGCCUGCGAGAUCUUCAUCUGCGAAAUCACACGGCGGGCAUGGCUGCAGGCCGAAGACAACAAGCGGCGGACACUGCAGCGGAGCGAUGUCGCCACAGCAGCCUCGAAAUCCGAUCAGUUUGAUUUUUUGAUUGAUAUCGUCCCCAGAGAAGAGCCCACCAAGCCCAGCAAGCGGGCCUCCUCUGCGCGAGGGGAUGAGGCCACAGCGGAGCCGGAGGCAUACGACGAGCAGCAGCAACAGUAUGCACAGUACUACCCACCAGCACCAGGAGCCAUUCCCGGCUAUUCACACGCCAUCGACCCCCAGUUCUACCAGGCAGUUUCACACGACCAGUUCCAGCAGUACAUGCAGUACCAACAAGCAUAUGCUCAGCAGCAGCAACAGCAGCAACAGCAACCCCCAGGAGCAGCAGCAGCUCAGCCAGUGACAUCUCACAGCAGGAAUGCAUCCGCAGGCUAUGCACAGGAGGCAACGAGUCGACAGAGCUAGACGAAAGAACGGGAGUUCGACCAACUUCACUCAUGUCAAACCCUAGUUCGCAUUGGUACCGCUGGACGUUGGACCUGUCGAGGCUUUAUCUUCAUGUCGUUGAACAUUAUUCUCAUAAGAAGUCGUAAUCAUUUUAUUCGUAUAUAUGUUUGGCAUUAAAAAGAAAAGCAGAAACGGGCGCAAAGCCGCUUCGUUUUCUCAAUAGCACCCUG